CAAUCAGAAUGUAGCUUACGUACGACGUCAAACCAAUCUAGGUACGCCACAUCAGCACAACCCGACAACAUGGAGAAACGAAAGGACGAUAUACUUUAACGACUUGAAUGACUUGACCAGAUUUUAGUAGGCUUCGGCCCUUAUGUGGCUGUAUUUGAACGGAAAAAACGACCAGCGAACUUCAGAAUGUCUUCAUCACUGAGAACGAUCGUAAUAAACACAGCUCCGAACAAGAGCAACAUUUUAGAGCUUCCUCAGUCUGCGAUGUCAACAUCUGUUAUGGAUACGUUGUACGAGGAGAGUGAGGGUGGUGGUCCCAAGAAAAGGCGACGCCUUACCCACCUCACUCCGGAUGAAAAGAUGAUGAGAAGGAAACUGAAAAAUAGAGUGGCAGCACAGACCGCCAGAGACCGAAAGAAAGACCUUAUGUCCGUAUUGGAAUCACAACUCGCAAAAAUUAUGGAAGAAAACAAGAAACUACAAAAAGAAAACGUUGAACUUCGAAACAAGUCUGGAGUUCUCAUCCAGGAGAACACCAUUUUAAAGGAACGACUUGAAACUGGCUCUCCCAGUAAGCCUGAGUCCGAGUACCCCGGGUCUGCAGUACUCUUUGCUCCUCUGCCGCAGGAACAAACUCGGACACAGUCUCACUGGACGAUGCCCUUAGCCACCUCCUAUCUGACGGUCAGUCUCUGCUUAGCUUUAUGCAGCAGGAUGACAAGAAGUCAGAGAAAGGAAGUGUCAUUGUCAAUGCACCAUCAACCAAGUCCCUCAUCAAAACCGAGCAAGCACCUCAAGCUGGCUCAGUGGUGGGGCCCUCAGCAACAGAGCUGGAAUCCCUCAAUGAACUUAUAAAGUUUGAUCAUAUUUACUACAAGAUUGAACCCUCCGAGGGGCAGAGUGAUUCUGUAGGUCAAAACCAGUCUCAAAAAGUCAUUGUUGUCAGUUGUGGAGACAGCACUGGCCAACAAAACAGUUCCAAAAAACUCGUCAAUAUUCACAUAACGAAAGACGAGAAGUUUAAAAAGGUGAAAUCGUCUCCUGCAGGGGAGUGUAUUGUUAUAGAAGAUGACAAAAAAGACAAUGUUGUCGGUUCAACCACAACAGACAACAAUGGCAGUGAAAGUGUUCUAGACUUUUCCUCUCUACUGCCAGAGGUCAACCUCGACUUGCUGGAAGAUAUUGAGAGCAUUUUGGCAAGUAAUAAUCAGUUUG